GGAGCCACUGAAGCUAUGAACGCCUCUAGUUCCAUAUCCACGGCUUGAAUCUGACACCCACACACGAGCCAAGGAAAACACAGUAGCAGAGGACACUUGCAGGCUGCGAUUCGGCCAGCGAGGCAACAACCAAGUCCGGCGGCGAGGACGGCCGGCGGGCGGCCGCAGCCAUGGCGUUAGCGACUAAUGCACAUGGAAGAGUUAUCCAUACCUGCAGUCUCUCCAAGCCGCCCACGGCUUUCAGCAGGAGCACGGCGGCCAUGCCCGGACACCAUGUCCAGCCACCCCGAGCUCGGGUCGUAGCCCGAGCCAGCGCCGCCGAGCGCGCAACCUGGCUGCCUGGGCUAGACCCGCCGCCAUACCUCGACGGCACGCUACCUGGUGAUUACGGGUUUGAUCCCCUGGGGCUUGGGGAGGAACCAGCAGACUUGAAGUGGUACGUGCAGGCCGAGCUCGUGCACUGCCGGUUUGCCAUGGCAGGGGUCGCCGGCAUCCUCGGUACCGAUUUGAUCCGUGUAUCAGGAAUCAGCAACCUGCCAGUGUGGUUUGAAGCAGGUGCCACGAAAUUUGACUUUGCCAACACCACGGCGCUCUUCUUUGUCCAGCUUCUCUUGAUGGGAUUUGUCGAAACCAAGAGGUAUAUGGACAUUGUUAAUCCAGGAUCACAAGCAGAGGAAGGGACAUUCCUUGGGAUAGAAGCUUCACUUGAAGGUUUACAGCCAGGCUACCCUGGGGGGCCAUUAUUUAAUCCAAUGGGGUUGGCCAAAGAUAUAAAGAAUGCACAUGAAGUGAAGCUGAAAGAAAUAAAAAACGGGAGGUUGGCAAUGGUUGCUAUGCUUGGCUUUUUUGUGCAAGCAUCUGUGACUCAUGUUGGGCCCAUCGAUAAUCUUUUGAUACACCUUUCAGAUCCAUUCAACAACAAUAUUAUUCAUGCAUUCACCUCUCCUUGAAAACUACCUGUUGCCAAAUUUCGUUACUUUUUUUUUGCAUAACUGCUUCUAAAGAUGUAGCACAAGAGAUCACAAUUCUUACAGCAAAGUGUCUUUCUUCCGAGCUCCCCUUUUUGCAAAGUUUCAAUCAUAAAAAUGAACAUGGAACUUCUGAGGGAGAAAUGCAAGACACUCGGUACACAAUUGCCAGUACAGGUGGGAUGGCAAAUGGAAUUUCUUCAAAUGCAAAGAAGCUGUAUUCAUAGUUGUCUUAAAUAUAAUACGCUUCCGAUUCUUGCAAUUUAUCCUAAUUUGCAGUA